ACAUGAUUUAAACUUCCUUGUUCACAUGUCCACAAACAAACAUGCUGGUUUUUAGCAUGGAUGGAUAUGUUUCUAACCGCGUCUUGUGUAUACUACUAACAUCAUGUGCAGGAUUUGUUUAUUGCUCACCUUAUAUUGACACUUUUAACUACGGUGCGUAUGCUGAGUGGAAGCCUUGCUACAAAAACUGCUCAUGUUUUGAGCAACAUCAAGGAUUUGUGAAGGUGGACUGCUCAGAUCGACGUUUGGAACGAGUUCCAUACCUGCCUCCCACUGUGAUUUGGCUCAAUCUGAGAAAAAACUUGAUUAAAAGUUUAUCGUUCAAUUCGGACAACGAUGAAUCGGAACAUCCGAACAGACAGCCGUUUGAUGGACUUCGCAAUUUACAGUACCUGGACAUCUCCAGCAACAGUCUGGAGAAUGUGGACCCUGGUGUUUUUAAACCUUUGAUAUCCCUGGUGUCUUUUAAUAUGAAGAAUAAUUCUGUCAAACUAGGAGAAAACUGGGAAAAAGUGAAAAAAGUGCUUAAUAGUCUUAAAUCGUUAGAGGAACUCAGGAUCGAUGGAAUUGGUAACGUUUCAUUUGCGGAAGGAUGUCCCGGUCUUAGCAAUCUAUCCCUGCUGGAUAUGUCUGGUUUAACGGGAAUUUGUGAAAUCAAAAUAAUUCAACGUGACUUCUUUCUGAAUACUCCAUUUCUGAAACAUCUGGAUAUAUCUUCUUGUAAAAUCCAACAUAUUGAAGAGGGAGCUUUUGGAUUCUUAACGAAACUGGAAACGCUACAUAUAUCCUACAACAAAGAAUUAGGAUUUGCUUCUCUUCCAAAUAUCACUUAUAACAUGACACAUACAUCUAUCAAAAGACUUUAUUUACACAACAUUAAUUGUUUGACUGGGAUAGGAAAAGAAUUGUUGACACAUCAUGUUGUGAACUUGAAAGAAACGCAUUUACAGGAGCUUGUUUUAUCGAGAAAUCGAUUAGAACUUUUGGAGAGAGGGCUGAUAGGUUGUUUGCCAGGUACAUUGCAAAAGCUAUCAUUAGCUGAGAAUAAACUUCUGUUAGGUCCGUAUCUCAUGGAUUUUGUCAACUUUCACAGUUUGAAAAUAUUCAACAUGAGCCUGCGAUUUGAACCGCCUGUGUACGAGACUGCAGUUUUCGAAGUCUGUUCGGAAAACGAAGAUGAUAUAAAUGCUCAAAAUACCACACUCCUCCGACAAAAUAUUGUAGACGACAACUUUUCAAAAUUCUUACGCUACUUUGGAAAUCCCUCUUUUACUGUAGAAUCUAAAUGGAAACCAGUUUUCUUUAUUUACCUGCCAGGGAAUUUUGAGACUAUCUAUGCAAAUGCCAGCAGAUUAUACUCCUCUUUAAACACAUUUGGAUUGAUUGCACCCAAAUUAAAACACAUGUUCUUCCAAGAUAAUCUGCUGUAUGAAUGGAAGGGAACUAUAUACGGAAUUCAAAACGUUACCCAUAUCGAUCUCUCCAAUAAUUUUUGUACCAAAAUGUCAUCUGACUUUUUUCUUCAUGCAACAGGACUUUUGCAUCUCAAUAUGUCAAGAAACUCGAUAGGAGACAAUUUAGAAAGUGAUUGGAAUGGUUUAAUCUUUAGAAAGUUGGUUUCACUGGAGAUCUUGGACAUAAGCUUCAAUAGCAUAUUUGAUAUGCCACAUUUGCUCUUCAUCAAAUCUAGAAAUAUAAAGAUUCUAGUGUUGAAUAAUAACCAGCUCUCUGAUUGGAAUGUGCAUGUUAGACAUAUGGUCUACCUCCAACAUCUGGAUUUAUCUAAAAAUAGAAUUGAUUCUAUCAGAGAUAGUAUGAGGGAAGAACUGUCAUUUUUGAUGAUGACUAAAAACACUUCUAUAGACCUAUCAGAUAACAAUGUUGAUUGUUCAUGUACUAAUCUUCCCUACAUAGAAUGGAUGGUGAAGCAUAAAGCAAACUUAAAACGUUUUGGUGACUAUGAAUGCGCUAUCAAAAGUAAGAACAUUUUCAAUUUUAGAGACCCUAAGACAUCUCUGGAGACGUUGGCAAAGGAAUGUGCAUCUUACACGAUUUAUUACAUUAUCGUGUCCAUUUCACUAACUACUGUGAUAUUCGUGUCUAUUGCUGUGGUAGUCAAAAGAAACAUUUGGACUAUAAGGUUUACGAUCUAUCAAAUGAAGCAAAACCUGAAGAGAGGAGGUCAAUAUAUGCAAAUACUUUACCAAAGAAAGCGAUCAGAUUAUGCCUUUGACGUAUUUAUUUCAUAUUCUGCUCGGGAUCGAGGAUUCGUCAUUAAUGAUCUCGACGAAAAGUUAAAAGAAUUGAAUCUUCGUACAUGUAUACGGGAGAGGGAUUUUCUGCCUGGUUGGGACAAAGUUGACAAUAUCAUGAACGCCAUAGAGAUCAGCAGAAAGACUGUAUGUGUGGUAUCUAAAUCGUAUUUACAAUCCGGCUGGAGGGACUAUGAAUUAAACAUGGCGAAAAUAGAGGGGAUAAAAAAUAGAGGCGGACUUGGGCACCUGUUUGUAAUCAUCCUACCGGACACGUUUGAUGUUGAUAAAAAAUGCCCGAAUUCUCUUAAGGACUUAAUCAGAGAGGAUUACUUUCUUCGUUUUCCUUACUCCACUACAGAAGAAUCAAAUAAAAUUGAAUUAGAGGAGGAAAUAAAAAGGUUCUGGAAUAAAUUUUCUGAAGCAAUUUUAAAUGGAACAAAUAAUACAUAAUAUCCUUUCUUGAUUUCUUGAAGAACAAGACAUGCUGAUAGCGAAAACAAUUCAUGAAACAUUAAAUAUAAUGAAAUGCAAAUAUAGAUUUACAGAAUGUAAAUGUAAUUUCAAUUGAUUGUACUAUUUGAACUGAUUUGGGUGUGAAUGGUCGACAGGGGAUGCUUACUCCUCCUAGGCACCUGAUCCCACCUCAGAUAUAUCCAGAGAUCCGUGCUUGCUCAACUCUUUAUUUUGUAUUGCUUGUGCGAUUGAGAUUGAUCACUGGUCGUUAUUUUCGCCUUUCAUCUUCAUAUCCACAACUUGUGGCAAUAGUUUAAAAUAAAUGUUCUGGAGAUUUAUAUAAUGUGUGUUGUUUAGAUGGAACAACAAUGCCUAUUAUUCUGUUUUAUUUUUAUUUUUUACUUCUUUUAUUUUUGCAUGACAUGUUACAGUGUGAAGGAAUGAUAUGAAAAAUGUUUAAUAUUUAUCUAAACAUAUAAUGGUGAUUCCGAUUUCUUAUUAAUGCAAUGUGUAUUGAAUUGUAUAAAAUUAUUGGCAUCGAUCCUAUUUUCAGAAUUAAUUUAGGCAAUAUAAGUUUAAAGCGAAAA